AUACUUUCCAAAUAUAUAUAUUUAAACCAAAACAAAAAUAAUAAAACCAGAAUGAUACCUUCAGUACUUGAGGGCAAUUCUGUCAUUUGGAUGUAAAAGUGGCAAAAAGGAAUAUUUGUAACCAAUAGUAAAACUCUAGGGGGGGAAGUGUUACUUUUGUAAAAUUAGGGGGGCAAGGGCUGCCACCCCAAUACUUCAGGGGUGUAAACUGUAAUUAACCCUUAAAUUUAACCCAUGUGGAAACCCUUCUUCAACUUCCUCAAAUAUGAAUCCAGAAAAUAAAAUUAAAACGAAAUUAAUAAAUUCGAAAAACAAUGAAAUUCACGAAAUCGCCGGAGAUCGAGCUGUCCGUGCACGACACGCGCCUCUCAAUCCAGCAGGACAACGCCUCGAUGCACGUCGGCACCUCCGUGUGGCCUUGCUCCUUAGUCCUCGUCAAGUUCGCCGAGCGGUGGGACCCACUCAGAUGCGCCGCCGCGGACAACCCUUACAGGGACCUCUUGAGCUUCACCGGCAAGCGGGGGAUCGAGCUCGGCACCGGCUGCGGAGCCGCCGCCAUGGGUCUCUACCUGCUCGGGCUGCACGACGUCGUUCUCACCGACAUCGCCCCCGUAAUGCCGGCGUUGAAGCACAACCUGAAGCGGAACAAAUCGGCGCUGAAGAAAACCCUAAAAACCGCGCAGCUGUACUGGGGGAACGAGGAGCAGUUGAAAUCGAUGAAGCCGCCUUUCGAUUUCGUGAUCGCCGCCGACGUGGUUUAUCUGGAGGAGACGGUGGCGCCGCUGAUUAAAGCGAUGGAUUAUCUGGUGGCCGAAAACGGCAUCGUUUUGCUCGGCUACCAAUUGAGGUCGCCGGAGGCAGAUGAGAUGUUCUGGCAAAUGUGCCCCGAUUUUUUCGAUGUCGAAAAGAUUCCGCACGAGCAUUUGCAUCCGGAUUACGCUUACGAGGAGUCCGACAUGUACGUAUUCCGGAAGAAGAAGAAGAAUACUUGAGCAGAAUUCUUGAAAGGUCCAAUUCAUUUUUGUUUUUUUUUUUCGUUUUAUCGAUAAUUUUAUUCCGAGUGUGUGGUGUUUUGUAAUCGUAGAGGAAGAAAUAUGUUAUUUGCAUCUUGAAUUUGAAUUAUAGAUAUAGCAUAGUCGAAAUAGUGAUCUUUGUGUGUUCGAUUUUGAUUUUUAUUUAGCUAUGAUCGUAGCGAAAAAGUUUUGUGACUCGAGUAAUUCCAAUACUAAUGCAGAUUUGUUGAAAUUA